AAGAAAAGAGAGGGCGAAAAAAAAGGAGGGUAAAAGGAAAUGGCGGGAAAUCAAAGAAUAAGCAAAUAAAUAAAUAAAUCUUUGUGAAAAAAUAGAUCCACAUAUAACAAAAACACACAGACAUAAAAUCAGAUAAAAAAAAAAAAAAGGAUAUGGGGGAUAUUGAAACCCUAGGUAUUCUUGACGAAAUUCAAGCCCUUGUUUCCGAUCAGCUUCAAGUGGUUUCGUACAAGUGGCUGAGUAGGAACUAUUUGGUGUCAUCAAAUACCGCAAAGAGGCUGCUUCAAGAGUUUGUGGAUAAUCAUGGAAGUCAACUGGAAGUUAUAUAUUCGCUAUCUGGAUGGCUGAAAAAUAAUCCAGGAGCUUACCAUGUAAAGCUUGUUUUGCGCUCUAAGCUUUCAGAAGCCAAAAAGGAAUUUGGUGAAGGUUACUCGGUUCAAGUUUAUAGUGUUCAAGCUUGUGUUCCUAAGGAUCCAGCUGUUAUAUGGAAUACUGAAUAUAUACAAUCAGAACAGCUCUUUAAGGAGCCUCCAAAUGUUGUUAAUUGUUUGCGGGAUAAUAGGUUUUGUGGGGUUUCAAAUUCAUUUGUAAAACGCAGUAUUGAGGGUAUGCCUAUAAGCAGUGCAUGUCCUUCAUUACAAAAUGUAGGAGUCGCGGGACCAUUACGAGCUAGUACGUCUAAUCAAACUUCUAACACUUCAGUUCGCCAAGAAAAAAAGGUUGAGCAGUUGGACCCCAACCCUAAACCAGUUGCAAAAAAGGAGCAAGUUUCUGUAUUGCCUGCUAACAAUAAGAAAGCCCAGAGUGAUAAAAGCUCUUCUGGGACUGCGAGCUCAUUGGCUAGUAUGUGGGGUCGUGCUUCUGCAAAACCAAAACCCGAUUCUGCCUCGGUGAAAACCGACAAUGUUGUUCCUUUCUCUAAUGAUGCUCAGAUACAUGCAAACGAAUUGGCAGAGGAUGAAAGCAGUGACGAUGAUGCUCGGAAAAUGAACCGCAAGAGAGGAUCUAAUGGUGAAGGAAAUAAUAGAAAGAGGAGGGUUGUCAUUGAUUCCUCUGAUGAAGAGGAUGAGAUUCCAGAUGCAGUAAACCUUGCCUCACCAGAUCCUCCAAAAAAGCAGGCUGAUUUAAAGAAAAGUUCUAGAACUUUGGGUUUGGAAAACAAAAAUCUUGAUUUUGACGAACAAAAAGAAGAGAAAGUGAAGGUUAAGGAGGAGAAGGUACCAGAUGAUGUUCCUAAGCUUAUAUUGAAAGAAGAAAGUCAUGACACAAAUACUACUUUAAAUGAGAAUAGAUGUCCUGACAAGGAUGAGGUAAAUCAGAAGAAUAAAGCAAGCAAUGCUGCUCAAAAUGUGCCUAAAAAGCGAAAAGUUUUGAAGACACGUAUCGAUGAGCGUGGGAGAGAAGUAACUGAGGUGGUUUGGGAGGAUGAUGAGAAAGAGACGAAACCUGAGGUCAAAACAAGCAAAGAAAAAGUUGACAAUAAUAAUGCAAGCAAUGCUGUGAACAGGCCCCCUGCAGCAGUUCCGAAGAAGUCACCUGCAGUUGGUAAUGCCCCAUCACAUGCAACAGGCAAAGCGGGAAACAAGAAAACCGCUGUUAAGGAUCCUAAGCAGGGGAAUAUCAUGUCUUUCUUCAAGAAAAAAGUUUAACCAGGCAAGUUUGCAGGCUUUCGUGAAUAUCCAUGGAACUGUAAUUUUGAUUAUGUAGGGUUUUAUGUUGUUUCUGCUUUAUUCCUGGUGUACCCAAUCAUGUUAUCCCCUUUGUAUUUUUAUUUUUGUACAUUGAAAUUAGGAGUUAGGCUUUCAAGUUUACACAAAUACACGAGUUGUAAUUUAUUUUUUCAUAGAAUUGUUGGAAAACAUCACAAAAA